UUUUUUUUCCUUUCAGAAAGCUUUGUGAUAUUCUUUCUUCGUGGUAUUUCACUCCUGUUUGUUGAAAACUUUGACCAAAGCUGCUCUAAGUAGCUGGCAUCGUGAGAACAGGACGGAUUCCAAAAUCAGGGAAGCUUUCAGGAGACUCGUCGACCAGCGGAUCUUCUGAAGAGCAAUGCUAAGAAGACUUUUGGUUUAAAGAAGUAAAAGGAAGAACAACUUCUUCGGGUCAGAAGAUCUUCUUCAAAGUUUCCUGAAUGAAAAUUAUUUAAACGUUGCACACAAAUCUUUUGUGCAGGAAGAAAAAGAAAUUCAGUUUGUGGGUCUCCCCAGGAGUUAAGCUCAUGCUGCUGGAAAUAAUGCUGAAAAAGAAGCACUUACCUGCAGGCAGAGUGCCCCUGAUUCUCUUCCUGUGCCAGAUGAUUAGUGCCCUGGAAGUACCUCUCGAUCCAAAACUUCUUGAAGACUUGGUACAACCUCCAACCAUUACUCAACAGUCUCCAAAAGAUUACAUUAUUGACCCUCGGGAGAAUAUUGUAAUCCAGUGUGAGGCCAAAGGAAAGCCUCCUCCAAGCUUCUCCUGGACUCGGAAUGGGACUCAUUUUGACAUAGAUAAAGACCCUCUUGUCACCAUGAGGCCUGGCUCGGGAACCCUCACCAUCAACAUCAUGAGCGAAGGGAAAGCGGAGCCCUAUGAAGGAGUCUAUCAGUGUACAGCCAGGAAUGAACGCGGAGCCGCGAUUUCCAAUAACAUUGUCGUCCGUCCAUCCAGAUCACCGUUGUGGACCAAAGAAAAACUUGAACCAAUAAUACUUCGAAAUGGCCAGUCUUUGGUACUUCCCUGCAGACCUCCACUUGGGUUACCGCCACCUAUAAUAUUCUGGAUGGAUAACUCCUUUCAAAGACUUCCGCAAAGUGAGCGAGUUUCCCAGGGUCUGAACGGAGACCUUUAUUUCUCCAACGUUCUCCCAGAGGAUACCCGCGAAGACUACAUCUGUUAUGCCAGAUUUAAUCACACCCAAACCAUACAGCAGAAACAGCCUAUUUCUGUGAAAGUGAUUUCAGUGGAUGAAUUGAAUGACACUAUAGCUGCUAACUUGAGUGACACUGAGUUUUAUGGUGCUAAGUCACAUAGAGAGAGGCCACCGACAUUUUUAACUCCGGGAGGCAACACAAGUCGCAAAGAGGAGUUAAGAGGAAAUGUCCUUUCGCUCGAGUGCAUUGCAGAAGGGCUGCCCACCCCAAUUAUUUACUGGAUAAAAGAAGAUGGAACACUCCCCGCCAACCGGACGUUUUAUAGGAACUUUAAGAAAACUCUGCAGAUCACUCAGGUUACAGAAGCAGACUCUGGAAAUUACCAGUGUAUAGCAAAAAAUGCACUGGGAGCCAUCCAUCACACCAUUUCCGUCACAGUUAAAGCGGCUCCGUACUGGAUCAUAGCACCUCAAAAUCUUGUGCUGUCCCCUGGAGAGGAUGGGACCCUGAUCUGCAGAGCUAAUGGCAAGCCCAAACCCAGAAUUAGCUGGUUGUCGAAUGGAGUCCCGAUAGAAAUUGCCCCCGAUGAUCCCAGCAGGAAAAUAGAUGGCGACACCAUUAUUUUUUCAAACGUUCAAGAAAGAUCAAGUGCGGUAUAUCAGUGCAAUGCCUCUAACGAAUACGGAUACUUGCUGGCAAACGCAUUUGUAAACGUGCUGGGUAAGCUCUCCCUUUCAUGCGGUGUGCUGGUGCAGCCUGCGGCCGGCUCUGACCUUCAUACUGUCAUGCAGAUCGUGAGGUUUAAAGGCGCUAAAGGCAGUGCUCUUCGCGAAGAUAUUUAUGUUCUACAUGAAAAUGGAACUUUGGAAAUCCCUGUGGCCCAGAAGGAUAGUACAGGAACGUAUACGUGUGUCGCAAGGAAUAAGUUAGGAAUGGCAAAGAAUGAAGUUCACUUAGAAAUCAAAGAUCCAACAAGGAUCAUUAAACAGCCCGAGUAUGCAGUCGUGCAAAGGGGGGGCACAGUGUCCUUUGAAUGCAGAGUGAAACAUGAUCACACCUUAAUCCCCACUGUCAUGUGGCUGAAAGACCAUGGUGAGCUGCCCAGUGAUGGAAGGUUCACCAUUGACAAGGACAACUUGGUGGUAGCUGAUGUAAAUGACCAAGAUGGAGGGACCUACACAUGUGUGGCCAACACGACCCUGGACAGCGUUUCUGCCAGCGCUGUGCUCAGCGUUGUCGCUCCUACUCCAACUCCAGCUCCCAUUUACGAUGUCCCAAAUCCUCCUUUUGACUUGGAAUUGACCGAUCAACUUGACAGGAGUGUUCAGCUGUCAUGGACCCCAGGCGAUGACAACAACAGUCCUAUUACAAAAUUCAUCAUUGAGUAUGAAGAUGCAAUGCAUGAGGCAGGGCUGUGGCACCAUCAGACUGAGGUCCCCGGGACGCAGACCACAGCCCAGCUCAAGCUGUCGCCAUACGUGAACUACUCCUUCCGAGUGAUGGCAGUCAACAACUUGGGAACCAGCCUGCCCAGCGAGUCAUCUGAGCAGUAUUUGACUAAAGCCGCAGAACCAGAUAAAAAUCCCACGGCUGUGGAAGGGCUGGGAUCCGAGCCCGAUAAUUUGGUGAUUACAUGGAAGCCUUUGAGUGGUUUCGAAUCUAAUGGGCCAGGCCUUCAAUACAAAGUAAGCUGGCGCCAGAAAGAUGGAGACGAUGAAUGGACGUCUGUGGUUGUGGCCAAUGUGUCCAAAUACAUCGUCUCGGGCACGCCGACCUUUGUUCCGUACCUGAUCAAAGUUCAGGCCCUGAAUGACGUGGGGUUUGCGCCAGAGCCAGCUGUAGCCACGGGGCAUUCUGGAGAAGACCUCCCAAUGGUGGCUCCCGGGAAUGUGCGCGUAAGUGUGGUGAACAGUACCUUGGCCGAGGUGCACUGGGACCCAGUACCUCUGAAAAGUAUCCGAGGACACCUGCAAGGCUAUCGGAUCUACUACUGGAAGGCACAGGGCUCGUCUCAGAGAAACAGGCGCCACCUUGAGAAGAAGAUCCUCACUUUCCAGGGCAGCAAGACCCACGGCAUGCUGCCCGGGCUGGAGCCUUUCAGCCACUACACACUGAACGUCCGGGUGGUCAACGGGAAGGGGGAGGGCCCGGCCAGCCCCGACAGGGCCUUCAAUACGCCGGAAGGAGUCCCCAGCGCUCCAUCCUCUUUGAAGAUUGUGAAUCCAACACUAGACUCUCUUACUUUGGAAUGGGAUCCACCAAGCCACCCGAAUGGCAUUUUGACUGAAUACACCCUAAAAUAUCAGCCAAUUAACAGCACACAUGAACUAGGCCCUCUGGUAGACUUGAAAAUUCCUGCCAACAAGACCCGCUGGACUUUAAAAAAUUUAAAUUUCAGCACUCGGUACAAGUUUUAUUUCUAUGCACAAACCGCAGCAGGGUCAGGAAGUCAAAUCACAGAGGAAGCAGUGACCACCGUGGAUGAAGCUGGUAUUCUCCCACCUGAUGUAGGUGCAGGCAAAGUUCAAGCAGUAAAUCCCAGGAUCAGCAAACUUACUACUGCCGCCGCUGAGACCUCUGCCAAUGUCAGUUGGGAAUAUGAGGGACCAGAGCGUGUGAACUUUUAUGUUGAAUAUGGUGUAGCCGGCAGCAAAGAAGAAUGGAGGAAAGAAAUUGUAAAUGGUUCUUGGAGCUUCUUUGGGUUAAAGGGUCUAAUGCCAGGAACAGCAUACAAAGUUCGAGUUGGUGCUGAGGGGGCCUCUGUGAGUUCAGAGGAUGUGUUUGAGACAGGCCCAGCAAUGGCGAGCCGGCAGGUGGAUAUAGCGACUCAGGGCUGGUUCAUUGGUCUGAUGUGUGCUGUCGCUCUCCUUAUCUUAAUUUUGCUGAUUGUUUGCUUCAUCAGAAGAAACAAAGGUGGUAAAUACCCAGUUAAAGAAAAGGAAGAUGCUCAUGCGGAUCCUGAAAUCCAGCCUAUGAAGGAAGACGACGGUACUUUUGGAGAAUACAGUGAUGCUGAAGACCACAAGCCUUUAAAAAAAGGCAGUCGAACACCUUCAGACAGGACUGUGAAAAAAGAAGACAGUGACGAUAGCCUAGUUGACUAUGGAGAGGGGGUGAACGGCCAGUUCAAUGAGGACGGCUCCUUUAUCGGACAGUACAGCGGUAAGAAAGAGAAAGAGCCAGCUGAAGGAAACGAAAGUUCCGAGGCACCUUCUCCGGUCAACGCCAUGAAUUCCUUUGUUUAAUUUGUCUGCUCUUUGCCAACAUCCCACUUCUCUAGAAUGUCUCUCUUAAGCCCUCAUUGGUCAGCCUUCUCAGACUGUGAACAUAGAGGCAGAAAGUAGACGUUCUGCUGCGUGUUCCUAUCAUGAGAACAGUUAGAGCGAGAACGUAACUCAGUCAAAUGAUACGUUAAUGUGAAAUGCAGUGCAAAGUGCAUCCUUCCUUCCUUCCUUCAAGAUGGGUAUUGUUGAUUUCCUCGGACCUGAUCAAAGUAACACCAUGCCAUCUACAGAUUGCGUCCUUUCCUCUUCAGGACACAGUUCCAUGUGAUGCAUGAAAAAUGCUCCACCUUUCAAGGACAUACCUGCGUAUCUUAUUCAAACAUGGGUUGAUACUUUGUUUAUACUGUCCUCAGCUAAACCCUUAAAAAUGAAUUCCAUUUUCCUUGUCAAGAGUGUUACUGUAGUAUCCUCUAGAACUUCAAUGUCUUUGUGGACAUUGUCGUGAAAUUGGUGACUCUAUGUCUAGCUGUCAUUAGUCUUCUUGGGAGACUGUUAGGAACCGUAUGUACAGUAUACAUGUGCUAAGUGAGAUCAUUAUGACAGUUGCAUUUGCCGAUGCUCACUGGGACUCUUACCCGCUCUUUGCUCUUGUUACUCAAUAGCCUUCUUAAUCUUCCAGGUAUUACAGCAGUGCAGUGUUCUACUUUUUACAUCAUCUCUGUAUUCAGUGGUUUUCAGGCAUAAACAAUGCGUAUUGCAAUGCAUUCUGGCAUCGGUGCUGUCUUGAAAGCAUCAGAAACACAUCACUCCCAUUAAAUUUCACAGAUUAUUCCAGAAAGCACAGGGCAAGACACAAGCAGUGCCUUCAGACAAGAAGCAUUCCACGACAAACUGCCUUCGGUAUCGCUCGGUAACAGUCGACUCAGAGUCUUAGAUUACUGUCAUUGUCUAAAAGUAACUUUUAAAAAGCAGAGUUAAUGAAAACUGCAGUGCUGGGGGAAAAAAAAGGAAUUGUGAAAAUAAAAUUCAUACAACAGUUUUUAUGAGGCAUUUUCCCCCCGUAUGCAUAAAAAGCAAAGCUUUAUCACCAGCUGGAACUUGUGACGAUUUUGUGGUCUUUUAUGAUUUUGAUUAAAACAAGUCACAUUCAGUAAGGAAGAUGUCAACUUGGUAGAAAAUUAAAAAAAAAAAACAACAAAAACCAGUUAUUCCCAAACAAAUAGCAUACAACAGCAUGCCAACAGGAAUAUAUUUUUCUCUAUGUCUUUACCUACAUGGCAGCUUUGGAAACUCUCUGCAGCAUUAAACAAUGUGUGUGCAAGUUGCUAUGAAUGUCUUUCAGAAGCUAAGAGAACUGACAGGGGCCAGUAGUCAAACAGAAAUCUGACAAGGCCAAUAGUCAAGGCGAUUACAUCUGCGGUUUCAAAACCAAACCUCUGUGUCCUCCCGUAUUUGUAGCAAUCUCUAUCAAACGGUCUCCUUCCCGGUAUGGAAUUCGAUAACAACCUAUGGUUGAAGGAAUGCUCGGUUUCAUUUGCCAAUAAAUUUGGUUUCUCAUAACUUGCAUCAAGUUUAAUUUUAAGUAAAGCUUUUUAUUGUAGAUAUUUUGUUGAAUUUGUAAAUACCCUUACAGCGUAGAUGCUGUGUGCUUACGGGUGUAACGUACAGGUAAAUGUGCAGAAGGUGUUUAUGUUGGACUGUAGGAGACGGUAGCCGGUUAAUACAGUGCAUGAGAUGGGGACGCAUUUACUUAAAAGCCUUUGGGUUUUUAUUUUUCCUUUUUGCCGUGAAGCUGAAAUAGUGAACAGUUUUACCUACUGACAGCAGGCUUCUAGAUGAAAUCUUCAGAGCUUUGCCUGAGGGGCUCCGGAAGUCCUUUGGUACAUGUAGGUAAAGCACACUUUGGAGUAAUCCCAGGUAAAGAGGGCCCUAACUAGUUUCCUGUCUCCAUAUUCGCGGGACAAAUAUCAGCCUUCCUGAUGGAAAUACAAAGACAGAACAGGCUGGCCUUGGCACCACAGAGCACAAAUUAAAAAGCUCCUUUACAUUUGCCCGUGUGUGGGGGGAACCAGUAAAAGUACAGGCUUUAUUACUCUUCCCUUACAGUAGAUGCUGAAUUUAUCUGUGCAUGAAGGAAUCACUGCUGUAAUAGUGCAACAGAGUUCGUAUUAAAAAUUAAACGUGGAUUUAAAAGCCCCUCUCUCUUUCAUGAUAUAUCCUGUUCCUAGUGCAGUGUGACAGUCCAAGUCACGGUCUCUGCAGUGGUGCAGGCGGAUGUGCCCGGAUUUCCGUCCAAAAGUAGCUAUCAAACAGCUGUAAUCUCUUUGUGAUUUUUAGCUUCUUCAAACCUGUGUUUCCUAAUGUUUUAAAACAGCAUACAUUCUGAUGUUAGCUCUUAAGAGGCAGAGAAAAUUCAACAUAAAACUAAACACAGCAUACAAGAGAACUCAUAAAAGAGGGGCAUCUCAAACACUGUCAUUCAGAGCAGGAGAAGAUGCCACUAGGCUGGAGAGGAGCAGUCUGAGAAGCCGGAUGCUGCAUCCUUUCCCGAAACCUGACCUCCGCAGCCGGUUCCCGGCUGCCUGCUGUCAGCCUCUCAUCUGCCCGCCUGGACUUCCCCUCUCUGCUGCCACAGCACCUGGAUUCCAUCGCCUGUCCUGCAGGAUGGGACAGUUUGGGCUUCGACGAGUAUCACGAAUGGGCUCUUCACUCCUUUCUCGACAGCCUGAUUCUUCUCAGUGUCUCAUUCCUGUCCAGCAAGCAGCCAAGACCUGACUUGUUCCUCCACCUGCCCUUACUCACCUGUCACCUGGUCCCAGCUUUCCACCCAUGAGACCUUCUGCUGGCACAGAGCUCCUCUUCCAUACACAAUUACUUGGGUAGCAACAUGGUAUAGAAGUCAACUGUCAAAUGCUAAAAACCCUAUAUAGACCCUUGUAUUUCUACUACAGACAGUGUUCACUACGGUGCAGCAAGUCAGCAUCCGCUGGCCACCCUGUGGGCCAGAUUCACAAUCCCCAUCCUCGGGCCUGCCGUCAGUCACAGCUCUGUUUAGCAACGGGGGCUGGCCCAUUGCCAGCUUGACAACAAAAAGCACUGGUCCACGGAUGCCUUCUUGUUCAGAUGGUUUGUAAUGGCCCUGGUUUCCUUUUAAUGUCUGAGUUUGGAAAUAGCUUGUGGAGGCAAAGGAAAGAAAGGCAAAGAACUGAGAAUUCUCACCCAAACUCCUCAAAUCUCUUGCUCUCAGGAGGUUUUUACACAAAUUACCACCAGAGGGCUCCUGUACUUUGUUCAGUGCAAAAGAAACAGGGAGAACAAAGCUGGAGAAACCACCUUUGAGAAUUAGAUUGGGGUCCGAUAGUUUAGACGAUGAUUACCUGCUAUAACCAUGGAGAAUGGAGUUUGCAACUUUCUCUGACGAGUUCACGACUUCCAGGAAGUUAUGUUUGUGUCACCAUGACCCUUGUUAAUCUUCCUUUUAUUGAUUGUGGCCGAUCAGUAGGGGGAAGAGUAGGAGGUCUCCUGGCUCCCACUAGACACCCCCUCACUGCUGCAAGCUGGUGGGGGUGAGGGAGGGGUGUGUCCCUAAAAUGGUCCCCCUCUUUCUCCAGAGCGUGCCAUGUGUCUGUCCCUGGCGGUUUGAUGUUUUGUGAUUGGAUAGCACGAGAGGCAUGGUUUAAGCACAGACAGCUUUUAUUUUUCACUUGAGAAAAAGCAAGAGAGGGCGAGAAUACUACUAGAGUAUUUCUAUGAAAUAAGCAAGCAAAGAGUUCCCAGGUUGAGGCAGAAAGAGAUGUACGUUCCAGCUCUGCCGUCAACCAGCUGUGUGGCUGUGUCUCAGUGACCCCGCCACCUGCCACCUCUCCGGGCCUCUGUUUCUUCGACUUUAAAAUGACAGAAAGCAGAUGACUUCUAAUAUCCCUUUCUGCUUAAACCCUAUGGUUCUCAGGAACCACCACCACCACCAAAAGAAUUUGUUUUUUUGAGCACCUGCCGACAGGCAGGCAUUCUGCUGAAUUGGGAGGGGAGGGAUGAGCAAAACCAGAUGUGGUUCCUGCUCUCAUGGUGCUUGGAGUCUGGGGUGGGAGGACAGACAUUAAUUAAAUAACUACCUGAGUGAAUUGUGCUUCCACCGAGAUACGUGCUGUGAAGGGAAGGCGGCACGUUCCUCGAGAGGCUGACCUGUGCAGAGUGGUCAGGACACGUCCUUGAGAUGCUGGGAGAUGGUAGGACAGAGCUCUGCCUCUGGAGCAGUUGCAGGAGCCGGACCAUGCUGGAUCCUGAGCACAGAAGGAUUGGUUUUUAUAUUUAUUCAAGGAGCAGUGGAAAGUGGGGAGUAAUUGAAGAGGUUGAAGUAAAGGGUUCUGUGACCAGAUCUGUGUUUGGGGAGGAGGUGGAAUUCAUAGGAUUUCAUGUAGAGAAUGAGCUGGAAGGAGCCAUAGAGGUUGGUGAGAAGCCACUUGAAAACUUGUCAGUACUCAGACAAGAGAGGAGAGAAAUCAGACCAGAUCCUAUCACUGGGGCUGGAGAGAGGCGGGUUAAUUCUAAAGACAUGUAGGAAGGAAACUGAUGAGAGUAAUAGACUAGCCAUGGGAGGUUGAGGGAAAGAGAGGGAUCAAAGACGGUGCUUAGAUUUCUGACUUGACUCACCAGACAUGAGGUUCGCUCGGGUGGGAACAUGAGGAUAAAACUAGAUUUGGGGGUAAGUUAUGAGCUUAGGUUAAUAAAUGAGUUUGAAAAGCCUCGGAGACAUCCAAGUGGAAAUCACUAGCAGCAGUUGGAUAUAGGGGCUUAAUGCUCAAAAGAAACUUCUAAGAUGAUAAGUAGUGAUUGAGACUAUGAGACCCAGGAUAAGAUUGCCUUAGGAGAAAACAGAGGCCAGAGGGCUGAGGAUUAUGCCCUAUUAAGAAAUUCCAUAUACAGUGGAUACAGGGAGGCAGGUGGACCUCCAAAAGAAACCAGUAAACAGAAGCCAGAGGAGCUGGGAAGAAGUAAGCAGAGUGCAUCAUCUUGGAAGCCAGAGAGACAAUUUGAAGAAUAGAGAAUGAUGCACAGUGUCACAUAAUGCUAAAAAAAAAUUGAGCAAAAUUAGGAUCAGAAAAUAUUUUUUGGAUUUGAACAUACGGAGGUCAUCUGAGAAAGAGAAUAGAGGCCAGCAUCAUUAUAAAGUCAUAAAAUCGGGAGACCUGCUUAUUUUUCUCAGGUGAGCUUGCAUCCUCACACUCCACCAUGACUAUUUCAAACCUUUUCCACUCUCCUCAAACAUUCAACCCUACCCCCUCUCCCCACCCAGCCUCACAACAGAUCACGUGCUACAGAAUGACUGUCCAUCACAAUUGACAAAAGAAAAAAAAGUAAAAGCAGAGAUGGGAAUUCCCUCAUCUUCUUGCCAGCAAAUCAAAAUGCCUGUUUCACUAUGCCCCAUCCUCUCCCUCUGUCCCUACCUUCUAUUAAAAUUGGGGAUCAGCCCUCCUGCCUGUGUCUGGGAACCCCUCUCCUCCUUGGUGGAUUUUUACCCAUCUUAUCCCUUCUUCUGCUCAGCUGGAUGGUCUACUGCUGUUUAAACACCAAGUCUCUCCCUUCUAAAACUAACAGACCUUGGAAACCUUUGAUUCCCCUCCCCAUUACCCCAUUCAGUUAUCAUUUUCUCUCCUCCACUUCCUGGUCCAGAUGGUUGAAAAGGUUGAAAUAAUCCCAGGAAAAGAAAAUGAGGAUAAUCAGAGAAGCUACUAUUUGCCAGACAAUGCAGUCUUUGUUCCUUUGAUAGUCAUCAAACCUCUUUAGUCUCACUCAGUUUGUCCUAGAGACACUGUCUUUCUUCAGCUGGAACUAUUUAGCUAUUAUCUCAGUGAAUGACUCAACAAACUUUUUUUUAAAUCGACAACCUAUGUGCUUAUGUUUGUGUGUGUGCGUGUGUGUGCAGACUCAGCCUGCACAUUAGACUCACCUAGGAGCUUUAAAAAUCCUCAUGCCUGCCCAUCCACCAGCAUUGUGUCUCUUGUCUGAGAUGUAGCCUGUCCAUCAGGACUUUUCAAAGCUGCCCACAUGGUUCUAAUAUGCAGCCAAGAAUGAGAUCAGCGUAAAGAAACGACACAUUAACCACAGUCUUGCGUGUGCACUUACUUAAUGAACAGUAUUUUGAAUACAUUUCUUCAUAUAGGUUGAUCUCAACUUCUCUUGUAUUCUUCCCAUUAAAAAAAAAAAACACCACAUAUCGAAGGAAAACGAAUCCCGCAUUACUGGUAGGAUUAAAAAAUGGUGCAGCCACUUUAGAAAACAGCUUGGCAGUUUCUUAAAAUGUUAAAUAUAAAUUUACCUUAUGACCCAGAAAUUCCACUCGUUAGGUAUAGACCCAAAAGAAAUGGGAAAAAAAAAAGCCCAUGCAAAGACUUGUACGUGAUGGUUCACAGAAGCAUUCAUCAUAAUAGCCAAAGAACAAGCCAGUUGUCCAUGAACUGAUGAAUAAAUAAACACAAUGUGGUCUAGCCAUACAAUUAAACAGUCAAUCUAGCAGGGUGGAUAUAGGUCAGUGGUAGAGCACAUACAUAGCAUGCACAAAUUCCUAGGUUCAGUCCUUGGUGUACACACACACACACACAAAAUCAAUCCAUGCAGUUAAAUGGAAUACUAUUUGGCAAUUUUUUUUUACAUACAGCAUAGGGGGUCCUUGGUAACAUUAAGCUAAAUUAAGAAGCCAGACACAAAAGACCACACACCGCGUGAUUCCAUUAACUUGAAAUAUCCAAAAAAGAAAACCAAUAAAGACAGAAAAUAGAUGAGUGGUUGUCUGGGACUGCAAAGGGGAGCAAGGAUUAACUGCACAGUGGCAGGAGGGAUUUUACUGGAGUGAUGGAAAUGUUCUAAAACUGGAUCGUGUUGAUGAUGGCACAACUUGGAAAAUUUAUUUAAAAAAUCAUUGAAUUGUAUACUUAAAACAAGUGAAUGAGUGGUUUGUAAGUUAUACCUCAAUAAAGAUGUUAAGAGAAACCAUCCCUAGGCUUAUGUGUGUCUGAGAGAUCAGGGCUGUGUAUAAACAAGGCUUGUGAUGAGUAUGGCACCACAUUAGACUCCACUUCCCCUUGUCAUCCUCCUGUUUCCUCCAGGAGACCCCACAAGACCACUGGUUCUCAAAGUGUGAUUCCUGGAACAGCAGCUUCAGCAGUACUGGCUAGAAAUGCAAAUUUUUGACCUGUCCCAGAUUUAAUGAAUCAGAAAUUUUGGGGGUGGAGACCAGAGUCUGCACUUUAACAAGUAUUCUGGGCAGUUCUGAUGCAGUCUACUGUGUGGGAACACUGCCCUCAACCCACACGCCAGCAUCUCUCCUCUCCCACCUGUACGAAGAGGAGUGAAUUAUCUAUUAAGAUUAAAAGAAGAAAUGAAGCACUUCGUAAUAGUGAAAAAAAAAAACCCUGAAAUAACCUAAAUGUCCAUCAUCAGGUAAUAAACUUCGUAACAUCAUACCAAUAUGUGUACCAAUGAAAUACGAACCCACAAUGAAGAGAAAUAAACUACUGGUAUAGGAACUCAUUGUGCUGAGUGAAAGAAGCCAAGCAAAAAGUUUUGUUUACCUGAAACGCUGGAACAGGCAGGACUCAUCUAUGAAGACAGAAGGUGUAUCAGUGGUUCCAUGGGCUGAGGAGUGGGGAGGAAUUUACUACACAGGGGCUGAGGGAACUUUUAAGGACGGUGGAUGUGGUCUAUAUUUUGAUUAUGGUGGUGUUUACAGGGAUGUGUUCACUUGUCAAGGCUCAAAACUGUAUAUGUAAAAUGGGUAUGUUCUGUUGUGAAAAAUUCGACAGAAACCUCAAAUUGAGUUGGGAGACCAGCAGGGGGAGCUCUCACGCGCUGUGCUGAAAGCAGAGCCCAACAGGAAGAGGAAAGACUCCUCUUCUUUCCCGGGAGGGACUCAGCCAAUGAGAAGCCAUGGGCUUCUCCGCCCGCCUCCCAACGCAGGCUAUAAAAGCAGGCGGCUUUCGCACCUGUGGUGAGGCGUCGACGUGGCUCGCUGUGGUUGCGCGUCUAGGAGCAGCCCGUAUUUGCUGGGGAAAUAACUGACAAAUCUGUUUUAGGACUACGGUACGUAAGUUAUAUCAAUAACGUUGGUUUUAAAGGGAAAUAAAAAAAUGGAAUUGGGCCUACGUGA